AUGUUCGCGCGAUCAUUGCGAAACUCACCUUCAAACCUUCUCUUUCCCCUUCCCAUCCAAACCAAACAUACCUUCUCUUACUCUCGACCCGCCUCCGCCGCCGCCGCCCGACCGGAAUCUUUCAUCUCCUUGUGUGCCCAAGGCCGACUCAAGGAAGCCAUCGCCGUCCAUUUCCCCCUCAUCCAGUCAAAACCGGUCCUCGUCUCCCACCUCCUCAAAGCAUGCAUUGCCUGCAGCUCCCUCCCGAAGGCCCUCCAGGUCCACUCCGUCGCCAUCGCCGCCGGCUGGUCAGACAUCAAGUUCGUCUCCAACCACCUGGUCAAUGCCUACACCAAGCUAGGCAGCUUGGAGACCGCUCUCAAGGUGUUCGAUAAAAUGCCCCACAAAAACAUCAUGUCCUACAACAUCAUAAUCAGUGGCCACAUACAAAACGGCCAGUUGGACCUUGCCAUGGAGGUACUUGAAGAAAUGGGCCCUAGGAAUAUUGCCACGUGGAAUGCCGUCAUCGCAGGCAUGAUCAGGUUCGAGCAAAACGAAGAGGGCCUAAGGUUGUUCCACAAAAUGCACGAAAACGGGAUCUCGCCUGAUGCAUACACAUUGUCGAGCGUGCAGAGAGGAUGUGCGGGCUUGAAGGAUUUAGCGAAAGGAAAGCAAGUUCACGGUUAUACAGUGAAAUCAGGUUUGGGGUUUGAUUUGGCGGUCGGUAGCUCCACUGCACACAUGUACAUGAGGUGUGGUUGUUUGCAGGAAGGUGAGUUACUGAUUGAAUUAAUGACUUCACGUAAUUUGAUUGCUUUUAACACGCUUAUUGCUGGGCGUGUUUGGAAUGGGUUCCCUUCUGGCGCAUUGGAUGCCUACUUGGACAUGAGGACGGCCGGCCUCCGGCCCGAUAAGAUCACUUUUGCAAGCUUGAUCACUUCCUGCUCGGAUUUGUCAACUCUCAGCCAGGGACAACAGAUUCAUUCAGAGGUGGUAAAAGCUGGGGUUACUUCAGUUGCUGCUGUUAAUAGUUCCUUGAUUAGUAUGUAUUCACAUUGUGGCUGCUUAAAUGAGGCGGUUAGAGUAUUCGAGGAAAAAGGGUCUGGAGAAAGAGAUCAUGUUUUGUGGAGCUCGAUGAUUUCCGCUUACGGGUUCCACGGGAAAGGAAAAGAGGCGAUGGAGAUAUUUAAAGAGAUGGAAAUUGAUGGUAUAGAAGCCAAUGAGGUGACUUUCUUGAGCCUGCUCUAUGCUUGCAGUCACUGCGGGUUGAAAGAUGAGGGUUUUGAAUUUAUUGAUAAAAUGGUGAAUGAGUACGGAUUGAAACCUGACGCAAAACACUACACGUGUUUAGUCGAUCUUCUGGGAAGAUCAGGUCGGUUGGAGGAGGCAGAGGGCCUCAUAAGGUCCAUGCCCGUCGAGGUUGAUGCAAUUACGUGGAAAACAUUGUUGUCCGCCUGUAAAAUUCAUAAAAAUGCUGACAUGGCCGGAAGAAUAACUGAGGAGAUUAUAAAACUCGACCCUCACGAUUCGGCUUCGUAUGUCCUCCUGUCAAACACACAAGCUUCUGCUAGAAGAUGGCAGGAUGUGUUAGAGGUUAGGAAAAAGAUGAAUGGCAUAAUGGUCAAGAAAGAGCUCGGCAUAAGCUGGGUUGAGUUGAAAAACAAGUUUCACAUAUUUUCGGUGGGCGAUAAGUCCCAUCCAAUGUCUGAAGAGAUCGAGUCGUGCUUGAAUGAUCUGAUGGUUGAGAUUCGAGCACGAGGGUACGUGCCUAAUUUAGGUGCUUCACUGCAUGAUAUGGAUUUGGAGGAGAAUGAGUAUAACCUGGCGCACCACAGUGAAAAAUUGGCACUUGCUUUUGCUCUCAUGAGUAUACCUCUUUAA